AUGGUGCAGCGACUGACUUAUAGACGUCGUCUUUCCUACAAUACCAAAUCCAACAGGAAAAGGAUGUGAGUUGCGCGAAGAGUGAAUGUUACCUUUUAUUACGAUCAUUUUGUCCUUCCGUUAAAACUCAAGUGAACAGUGAACAUAAUUCUAAUUUAUCUUUUUGUUCUCUCUUUUCGCUAUCUGCAGCUCCAAGACUCCUGGUAAGUUUGUUUUGAAUCUUUAUAUCUUUUGUAACUCGUGCAAAUUGUGGCAUAGUCUUCAGAUGAUUACGAAAAGAUCGUCGUAUUUUUUCUACUGAAGUGAGAAGUCUGUAUUUUGAAGAGUUUUUUAAAGUAUUGUUUUCUUGACGUUUCUCUGCAUUGUCAAUCCGUUUGGGGAGUUGUUUCUCUGACAGCUCUCUAUAUAUUUUGCAGAGCUUUUAGAAUACUUGGUUCCAUCUUGAUCGUGUUGUCUGAUUGUCCGGGUGAGAAUGCCCCAUCAAUUUCACUUGGUUCUGAAAACGUCUGUAACACCACCGUCGUUCCUUUUCAAGGCGAUAUCAAUCAGACAACACAAUCAUCUGUUUCUUUUUUUUCUCAAACUAUUUUUUGUUCUGUUGUUUCUCCACAUCCUUGCCAAUUUAUGCUCAAUUAAUUUUAUUUUUUAGGAGGAAAGUUGGUUUACUUGUACACAAAGAAGCCAGGCAAGGUUCCAAGAUGUGGAGGCUGCCCAAAGAAACUCCAAGGAGUGAGUAGAUAUUUAGAGGGUGUUACUCAGAAGCAUGAACAUGGGUUUUAUUUCCAGUUAACCCUUUGAUUCCCAAGAUCUCUUUGGUAAUUCUCUUUACUGUCUGCCAUACAGUUCUUGUGAUAUUAGUUUGGAGAAUUUGGUAUUGGAUCAAUUUGGUCUGUUUGUAUUUAUUGUAAGGAGAAAUUCUGUCUUGGUCACUAAUGGGAGUUAAAGGGUUUAAGAGAAUAAUAUCUUACAAAGGAUCAAUGUCAGUAUCUGAUCAACUGUGCACCCACCCCUCCCCUAACCCAACAACCAUCAACUGACAACAAGUGUGGGUUAAUGGUUAAGGGAGGGGUAGGUGUGCAGUUUCCCCAGAUGCUGGUAUUGACCCCUGACAAACAAACUUGAUGAAUUGGUUUGACAAUGUUUUCAACUGGAGAAAAGAGGAGUGCAGAUGUUGUAGUUUACAUUAAGUUUCAGGUCAAGGCAAUUUCAUACUGUAUUGAUUAGUUUUCCUCUUUGCAAUUGGUACCACUAUCCUUGCACAAAGAAAAAGACAAAUCAAAAAAUUUUAAAAUCACCUCAACCUGAAAUCAUUUAGAAAAACUACAACUUGGAGUAAUAUCUUAGACAAAAAGAAAGAAAUGAUAACUGCUUUACCAACAGAAGUGUGUAGUUCUUGUUGCUUCAUUUUUACAUCAGGAGUUUGGCAAUUAACAACCACAGAUUACUGGUAUACCUAGUUUUCAAUGCCAGCAUUUCUUUUUAUGAACAUUGACAAGUAGAUAAAAAAAUUCCUUUUUUAUUUUUUCUAAGAGUCAGAUCAAACAAAUUCAAAUUUAAAAAAGAGCUUUUAUGUUAAGCCUGUAUUUGUAGUGACUGGCAAAUGUCUACUAUGCACUCACCUUAAUUGAACCAUCCAUCAAUUUCCAUUGAUUUUUACAAAACUGUUAUGCAGUUGCCAGCUCUCCGUCCAAAGAAGCUGAUGCACAUCUCUAAGCCCCGAAAAACUGUAAGCAGAGCAUAUGGUGGCUCACGAUGCGCCCGUUGUGUGAGAGAAAGGUAAGGGUUAUCCACACCUCAGAAGAAUAUAUUUCUCCAUGAAAGGAAAGAGCUACAUCCUAAAAAUUGGUUACUUUUGAGUAAAUAUUACUCUUGAAAAAAUACCUUUAUAUGCAGAAAAUCUUAAACACCAAUGAUGAACUUUUUCAUGACCACUUAGCAAUUGCUGCCAGUUUAACCCUUUGCACUUUAAUAUCAGUAUGCAUAUUCUCCAUACUGUUCUCUAUACAUUUCCUACUGUGCUGAGAAGAGGAAUUUGUUUCGUUAUUAAGAGCAAUUUCAGUUGGUGAUCAUUGACUUUAAUCUUGUGAUGUUAAUGGGUGAUUCAAGAAAGACAGUGUAAGGAGAAAUUAAAUACUAAACACUCUAAAGGGUCAAAGUUUGAGUAAAAAAAAAAAAAAAAAGCUUACCUAAUGACUCAACCACACUGAACACCACUCCAAGUUCUACAAGUUGAACAUUUUCAUCAACAGUAAUAUCCACAUCUGGAACUUCAGGAAGGUCCUGAAAAUAAUCCUUUAACCCUUUACACUUUAAUAUCAGUAUGCAUUUUCUUCAUACUGUUCUCCAUAUAUUUUCUAAGGUGCUGACAAGGAGAAUUUGUCUAACAAUCAAAAGGUUCUUUAGUUGCUGAUUAUUUUCUUUAUUCUUGUACAACUUUAAUGUCUGAUUCAGGGGUGAUAUUAGAUGCUAGACUCUCUAAGGGGUUAAAGGUUUUUAGAAGGAUUUUUUUUUUAUUUUUUUGACUCAUCAGAUUUUACCUUUAUUUUUUAUAGGAUAGUCAGGGCUUUCCUUAUCGAGGAACAGAAGAUUGUUGUCCGUGUCCUUAAAGCACAGCAAGGGAAAAAAACAUCCUCGGAUUAA